GAUGCAGUGACGUUUUUGAUAGGCCGUUCGCUGUUGUUCCAGAUGUCGAACGUGUACAUUCUGCUGUUCGCUGCGUGCUUUUCUGCCUUGCGGAAUCUUGGGGAAUUAGGUGGCAAGUGGCAGGAGAUCUUGAUAGUCUUCGGUCAGAGCAAUCCGGAAGAUGAAGAAGAAGGUGCGGGCGCUUGGGUCAGAUUGUUGUUGUUAUGAUGGCUCCGAAGAAAUGAAGCUUUGUUUAGUCUCCCAAAUAGUACAUGUAAGACUAUGCGAGACUCAUGCCAUGCCAUGCCAAUGAAGCUUUAUAGACACCAGCAGCUACUAUUUAUACAUCGAGCUUCGCGGAUACUACCUAAAUUGAUGAAUCCUCUUCACAGGAGAGAGAUUACUUAUGCUCCUUUUCUACGCAUGAGGUAAGGUGUUCCGGGCGAUCUUCAUUAUGUUGAAUCAAUGAUCUACUACGCAAGAAGAACAUGAUCAACAAGUUGUUUUACGUCAUCCACACAUCUAACUCCCCGCAUGCUAGACACUGUUGGAGCAGUAUCUGUGCAACUUCCUUGGUCGUUGGAAGUAGACUACCGUGUGCUAGCCUUGGAGAACUGGGACCUCCUGACGAAUCCGGACUGUGGUGGGGACAAGAAUCGCCCGUUCCCGCAACGUAGUGACACGACGGUUAAAAUCUGCUUUUUGAAUACGCAAUUGAAGGUCCGCUCUGUGCCCAAAGCCUUCGAGCUCUACCACAAAUACGUAUAUUUUCAGCAUACGGAUAAUUUGGUAUCACCGGAGAUGGUUCUCGAGGGAAAUCCUUCAGCGGAGCAAAGUAUACGGGCUGCUGCCUUGAGUCCAAUAGGGUCUCCGGUUGCGUCAGGGUCGCCUGUGAUUCUGUCGCCGUCUGGAGGUGGGCAUGGGAGGGAUAGUCUUAUGGAGUAGGAGGUUAUUAUUCGUGAAGAUGAUGGGUUCCUGUAAAAUAGAAGUACUUAUGUUUGACCCCACGUCGGCGAAGCUCAUAUAAGUUGUAUCUAAUAGUGCCAAUGCCGCAACCCUGUCGAUGAAUCUGUCGAAUAUGAGCACUGGUGGGCAUCCGAGAAAUAGCCCUACCAAUUCUAUGAAUGUCCCGAUGGAGCAGCAAGGUCGCUAUGUGACGGCAGUCGGAGGCAUUGCUUCGCCAGCAGGAUCUCAGACUGCGAUUGCAGGUUACGGUAAAACUGAUAGUAGAUUAGUAAGAGAAGUGCACUCGACGUUCACUGUGAGUAUGGCUUCACUUUUAAAGAGAAGAUGGUAGUUUGACACGUAUAAUACGAAUCGCCUGUGCUUUUUUUAGAGAGGUGACGAGACCUCCUGUCUCAGUUUCUUCUAAAGAUCUGCUUACGUGGCCGAUGGACGCAGAUCGCCUACGACGAGGAUGAGACCCGACUUGAUGUCGGAAUUGAGUCAGCAAGAUGCGGCACUACUGUCGGAAGGUGUGCAUCGGAUGGCAGCAAGAGACGUUGAGUUAUGCUGGGUAGUUUUUCGAGUGAGACAACUAAGCACCAACGGAAAAUAUGCUAGACUGCUGAAGAUCAUGUUCUCUAAUCUCCGUCGCCGGCGUCUUAAAUCUGUCGAGUUUGCAGCAAGAGGGGAGCAGUAGUUGUAGUAGUUCGUCUACUGCAGUGCAGUUUGCAGCGGCUGUGGACCGUACUAGAUACCAAGAGGGUGAGCUCGCUGCAAUUGCUGCCUCAGACGCAGAGCAAGUGCCCACUAUACCAUCGCGUACAUCCUCACGCUUCGGGGCUCUGAGGAUCCAGACCGAGCAGGAGGGGUCACCUAAGCAACAAGGCACAACAGUUCAUAAACAUGACUCACAUGAUCCAGGAGGAGCUUCAUCAAGCCAAGUACAACAGCUUGAUGGUGCGUACUAUAAUGAGUAUCACCUCCAACAUCGACGCAUGAGUCCAUCAAAUGUUGCACAACAUCAUGAUCUUCUCCAACAACAAGAAACUUUAGAAGAUCAGGGUCAACAUCAAGCGGGAUCACAACGCGCUCAUCAUCCAACGAUUGCACUAGCAGCUAACGGACGGGGCAAUUUAGAUCCUGACACUACGGAGUUUGUCGUGGGCCGUCCGUCGCUAGGUCCUUCUACAGGAGGUUCGUCUGGUGGAGGGUCCAGGGGAGGACAUCUUCAGGGAGAUCCAAUUAGAGAUCAUCCGUCUCAGCAUCCUCAUCCAGGAGCCGAGGAUCUGACUAUGAUGGAAUGCCUCCAAGCAGAAAUCCAAGACCAGAUGUUACUACGGUUUCGUGUACGUUUGUACGCGAAGAUUCUGGCUUCUUUGCUCUUGUUCGCAGCACCAUUGAUCUGGCCAGCAACGACCGCAGAACACUCGGUGGGUCUUUUUGCGAAUCACUACCGAAUCUCAAGGGACGAAGCAUCGUACCUAUUGGAAAUCGACGAGGACAGCAGCAAUUAUGGAACAAUAAGUGAAGACUGACUGUAAGACUUAGACCAUUUAAAAACAAGCACAAGGUGGUCGUGGUACUAGCACAACAUUAUACUGAAGAAGAAAACUGUACAUUUACUGAAAACUACAUACUAGUAAAGGUGGUACUAGCACAUACUGAAAACUGCAUACUGUUACUGAAAGAUCAUGUAGCAGGUGGUACUAGCACAUACUGAAGACUACAUACUGUCUUACUGAAAGGUGAUAAAACUAAGCUUCUCACAUUGUCUAAAAGAUAGCGGUUCUGGAGUCGCCUCUAUCGAAAAUCGCUUUCGUUGGUGGCCUAGUCUAUGCGCUUCUCGAUGUGUCGGAAUGGGCAGUGUUGACUACAUUUUUUCCGCAGUCUGACCGAUUACAACCACGCAACAUCAAAGACGUGGAGGCAAGUAAUAAAGCUUUGCACUUGGGGAUGCUGAGCUUUGCGGUGCUGUUGGCGCUUUUAUUCUUCCAUGUCAGUUGGAAUCCGUUUAAUGUUGUUAUGGAUGGGUCUCUUUUCGUUUCACUCUGCUUGUUCUUGUUGUGACAUGUUGCCAUGUGACAUGACAUGUGAAGAGGUUCAGAACAGCAAGCAUCAGCAGGCAUUCCCCUGAAAUUGCUUGCUUUGACUAAAAGGCUAGUGCGUUCUCUAACAUAGAGUUGUUACGUCGCCAUGUGGAGCAUCACAGCAGCACGGUAUCAAAGCAGGGUUUAGAGGCCAGUCGGGAUGCCAAGAUUGCGGAGAUUUUGUCCGUCGCGAGCGACUACUGCCUGUGAAUAGGAAAAGGAGAAGAUGGGAACAUAAAUUGGUCGUUGAAUUUUUACAGAAUAAAAAGAAAGACACGUAUUCAUUGUUUAGCCCAAAGUUACUUCGUCUCAGAUUUUGUCGAGUAACUCAGAAACUCAUUGAGUGAUUUGAUGGCACCAAGAACUUCGAUUUUACUAAGCAAAACCGAGAAAUGGUUACACUUCAGCUUCAACACUAUUUGUUCCUUACGUGUUAGAACUAAGUACUUGACUUCAUGCGUAGACUAGAGACAACUUUUAUGCAGGGAUAGAUUUGAACAGUGACUGUAAAAAUGAGAAAAACCAUUUUGGAUUCGUGACAGUUUCAGCUCGGCUUGCACAGUGAUAGAUUGUCCUCGAGUUGUACUUGGAUC